UCCUAUAUUUUUCGAGAUCAUUUCUAUGACGUCCAACUCAACAACGGAGAAUAAUGCAAAACCGGGUUUACGGAAACCGGUUUUCGUAAAAGUGGACCAUCUUAGUCCCGGUACUAAUGGACAUACACUAAUCGUGCAAGUUCUGGAUUCGAAUACUGUAUUUCACCUUCGGAAUACUCGCAUUGCCGAAUGCCUUGUUGAUGAUGAGACUGGUACUAUCAUAUUUACUGCGCGUAAUGAUCAAGUUGAUCUGAUGAAGUCUGGUGCAACCAUCAUCCUUCGGAAUGCCAAGAUCGUCAUGUUCAAGAGCACCAUGAGACUAGCCGUGGACAAAUGGGGUCACGUUGAAGUUACUCAACCUGCUGCAUUUGAAGUGAAACUAGAUAACGAUCUCUCCAUUGUGGAGUAUGAGCUUGUGAAUGUGAAGUACAAACCUUGAAUAUGGUAGUAUUUUGGUCAGAGGAAACUCAGAAACUGGCAAUAAUCAAUAAUGUAUAGUAUUUAUGGAUAUCUUAUCUUUAUAUAAAACCUAAUUAAGUUGUAA